GCUCGUUCGGCAUCAAUCUUGCGAAGUUUCCACGAAGAUGAAGAUUCCAGCGCUACUCGCGGCAUCCCUUCUCGUCUGGGGUCUGGCUAAUGCCGACGGCUCAAUCGGGCAGGAAUCGAACCAUGGAACAGUGAAGAAGAAGCAGGUCCAGGUCCAGGUCCGCGAAAAGAAGGAAUGGAAUAGCGGGUGGGACUCGAAAUCCAGCAAUGUAUGGGACAGUAAAUCCAGUACCGGCUGGGAAUCACAGUCGAAGGGGAAGGCUGUGGCGAUCGAGGGUGCGGCAGUGGGAACCGGAAUGGCGGAGACAGCGGCCGCGUCUGGCGAGGCAAUAGCCAAUAACUUGGGUACUGGAGAAGCAGCCGCUAAUUCGCAAGCUUCAGCGGCAACUCAGUCAGCGAUCGCGGCUCAGUCUGCUGGCACUGCUAGCGCGCUGUCUACGGACGCGGCAAAAUUGGCGGCCGAAGCAGCCGGGGCACAAGCGAGAGCAGCCGGCCAGUCUGAGAAAGCUAUGAAGGCGUCGCUGGCGACCAGGAACGCUGCGUUGCAAGCCGAAGACGCUGUAGCUCACGCCAAAGCAGCCGCCGGAAGGGCAGAGGUACUCGCAAGGAACGCAGCAGGCGCAAACGCCCGUGCUGCCUUACAGUCGGAAAAAGCGAACGAACUCGCACAAGCAGAAGACGCAGCAGCGGCCGAGGCCCAAGCCAAGACCGCCGCAGCAGCCGUAGCGACUAAAGUAGCCUUGCAAUUAGCCCAAAUCGCUGUUAAAGCCGAAGCCGCAGCCGCAGCCGCGGCCGCAGCAGCCGCCAAGGCAACGCAGAUCGCCGACGCCGCUGCCGCGCGCGCAGCCUCCGUGAAUGCCAUAGCUCAAGCGGAAGUUGAAGCUUCCGCCCAGGCUGAGAACACUGCUGGUGUAAGCCAAGCCGCUGCUUCGGCAUCCGCCGAAACGAUGGCCGUCGCCGCAUCAGCAUCAGCGACCGCUGAAGCGGCCGCAGACAACGGAGCUGGAAAAGGAGAGCUUAGUUUACCGAAAUCAUCGAAAGUGGAGAUUCAAUCUAAGAAAAUAAUCACGACAGAAAAGGUCGAUAAAGCUUCUUCCGGCUGGGACUAAAUGCCCGAUUAUCGAGGUUGGAUCUAGGUGUGUGAUAAUACAGUUUGGAAACAGUUCGAGAUGAUGCACACUUACUUUUCAAGCAGAGUAUAUUCUAGGAUCAAGAAGACAGUAAACGAGAAAAGAUAAAAUUUAAACAACGAUUACGUGAAAAUCGAUGUAAGGAUGCCACUAUUAAACUGUUGUAGCAAAUGAA